CGCUGUAAACAUUCCGGUGUUGUUCUCGUUCUUCGCUACUUUACAAAGAUCAAGAUGAGUAGUUUUUUUUGUUUGUUUUUUUUAAUGGUCACCACCUUUGUAUGAAUUCAGUCAUACGGAGUAUCUCACCGAUUUUCAAAUUUAUUUAGAGGCUUCCUAUGCUAUUCUACCAAACUCAAUCAAAAUGCCACCUAAAGGUAAAAAAGGUGGACCUGAAAAGCAAUAUGAAGAUGACUACAUGAAGAGUGGUGAUGUUAAAAAAGCUAUUUCCAAGACACCAGUACCUCCUAGUGAUCCACCUCCGCCUGUCACUUCCAAAGGAAAAGGGAGAGUUAUUAAAAAGCACAUUAAUGAAAUACAUACAGAAAAAGCCAUUAAUGUGCCCAAAAAGAAAAAUGUAUUGCAGGAUAAUGUGACACAGAAAAGGCCAGUUCAGCAACUUAAAUCCCAAAAAAAAAACUUUAUGCAAAAAACAUUUGAAGCUGCCCAAAAAACAACAGAAGCAUUAGCUACAGAAUAUGCAGAAGAUCAAGAAAGUGAGGAAGAGUCAAAACCAGACCUUGAAGAGCUAGAAGAGUCUGAAAGAAACUCUGUAGUUGAAGAACAAGAAAGAGAACAAGAAGCGUCUGACUCAGAGGAUGAGCAAGAAAAGUAUAUGCAUGAGGAAGUGAUGGAAAGAGAGCAAGAGGCAUCUGACUCAGAGGAUGAGCAAGAAAAGUAUAUGCAUGAGGAAGUGAUGCAAAGAGAGCAAGAGGCGUCUGACACAGAAGAGGAAUUCAAGGGGAAAAGUAGUCUUAUGAUAGAAAUAAAAAACUUUCCAAAGUCAAAACUGAAAAAGUUUGGAAAACGUUAUGAUCCUGUGGAUGAUAUAGAAGUAGAAAAUGAAAGUAUUAAUAAGUCACUUGAGCCAAAAACACUCAAUCAAAAGCUACUAUGCUAUGAUUUUUGGAAUAGUGACUGCUAUCCAGUGCACAAAUUAAAAUAUAUUGUAUUGCAAAUACCAGCCAGAGCCUGGGUCACCUUAAAUUUCUCAGGACUGUCUCAGUUAACUGAUAUGACCUUUGCAAUUUUAAACAAUCUCAAAACGUCAGAAGAAGUUCGGUUUAAUUCUGUCAGGGGCAUUAUAUUGGAUGGCUGCUUUUUGCUAACUAACUCAGGUCUUGAAUGGAUGGCUGAUACAUUUCCAAAUCUGUCUUUGCUUAGUUUAGUUGGCUGCAACAAGGUGACGACAGCAGGUUUAUUAGCACUGAGUAAGAAAUGUCCCAAUUUAAGUUCGAUGGACUUCAGUGGAACAAGCAUCAAUUAUCUUCCAAAACGUUGGAUCAAAGGAGAGGGUAUCAAAAUGACAGGUUGCUCGGUUAUAUUCCCAGUGACUCCAAGUGAUGUGACAAUUAGAAAGGAAGAUACAUUUAAAGAUGAUUCGAAAAACUUAUAUAAAAUUUGUAUUAUAAGAAGAGAAAAGGUACAAGCUAGUCUACUAUCAGCAAUGAAUGGCGAGAGUCAGAAAUCAUUACCAGACUUUGUGCAGUAUAGGCCAGAAAUAGCAGAUGGAGAAUUGGCUGCAUCAGUAAUAGAAAUACAUGAGACUUUGUCAUCAUUGAUGAUAACAGACCAGUCUCUGGUAGUAAUCACUUCACAGUUAGAAGACAAAACAAAACUUCAAGAAGAGGUCUCUUCAAUAAGCGCUCACAUCUUGGACAUUCUUGGAAAAAAUGCACUUGUACAUUUUCUUCUAGUUGGCUUCAGCCACAAGGCAAAUGUUUCUGUCAGUCAAAUCAAAGAAGAAGUGGAGAAAUAUUUGCACAAAGUUGGUGGUGUCAUUAAGGACAAUAAUUUCUCUCUUUUAAAUGCUGAAACUAAUUUGGCUGUCAACAUACAAUUAGAGUAUGCUGCUGCCAGAAGAUUGCAAGAAAAUAUUAGCAAAAUGACUCUUAACUGCACAGAAAUAAACUUGGAGAAAACGGAUGGACAACAAAUGAUAAAAAAUCUGUGCCAGCAUGCAAAACAUCUGUACACAUCAGAAGAUUUGACAUACAGUAAGGACAUCUAUGACUGGGCCAAAACUUUUCACUCAAACUGUCCUCAAGAGCUACAGUCUGGUAUACACUCCUUGAGUAAAGCAGCUGACCUCAUUGGCACCAGUUCUGGUUUCACUGAUAGACUUAGACCUUUUGGUGCUGUACAUUUUCUGACUAGCUUGGGCAAAAUCUGCAUGUUUACUAAUCUGCAUGGAGAUACCAUGGUUUGUAAUACUAGAUGGCUCUGUGAUUGCCUCAAUCUUCUUCUCUCUCCCAGUUCAUUAACUGUGGCUAAUAAUGGAUUGGAUCAUACCAUAUCAGAUGAUGCCUUAGUCUGGCCUAUGGAAAUCUUAGAAAAUGAAACUAAAAAGAAAAAUUUAAGUUGGGAUAAGAUUGAGCAAGUCUUGAUAGAGUUUCCUUAUCCUUGGUUCAAAACACCUUCCUCCUUGACAUCACUCUUUAGUUUACCUGAGAAUCCCACCAUGUCAACAAAAAUAUUUACAGACUUUCAAAAGAAAACUGAUGAAGGAGGCAUCCACCUUGUGUACAGUUUUGUAUUGAACCAAAUCAUUACACCUGCACUAAGUCAAGAAAUCAUCAUGAGGACAGUCAAGUUGCACAUUCCUGUCCAUGUCUGGAAAACUGGAGUGGUGGUAUAUGACAGCAUUGUUGCACUAAUGAUUGGAUAUACUGGCGUGAGCAAAGUUUUAAAUCUCUGUGCUUACAUGAUGUCAUCUGAUGAGAAGGACAGUUCCAUUCAGUUGAUUUACAACACAGCAGAAAAAUAUAAAACUGUUGUAGAGUAUGUUCUCAGGUCUGCAGGGUUCUCAUGGGAGCUGCUUCGAAAUGUUUCUGAAUCCAUUGCAACUCCUCCAGAGAAUAUAUGUGGUGUGAUACAUGGUCAUGUACUGAAAGCUUCAGAGCCAGACACAUGCAAACAGUGUGGUAUAAAUCCAGUGCAGGCAUCACUUCUGACAGCAAUGGAGCUAAGCAUAAAACCAAGUUUUCUGAGUCAGAAUUUAGUCAAAAGUGCAGACUUAAAAGGUAAAAUGGAAGGCUCUGCUAUAGAAUUUACUGGACCUAGUAACAUAAAGAUAGCAGCAGUCAUUGACCCAUUCGGUUGCCACCAGUGUUGUGUCCUCCUGAUGCAAGGCAUUGUUAAACUUUUGAAGAUUUCCAUCAUAUCAUCAAAUCUGGACCAAAUAUGUGUUGACCUUGGCCAGAUGAAGAUUUUGGUCAAGAUUAAAGAAAAUGAAGAAGUAAUAGAUGUUAGUAAUUUCUUAGAUAACACAUUGUUGCAAGGGGAGACUAUAACUUUCAAACUAAAGCAGCACAUACCUUUUGUAAUUGAAGUUUACUUAGGACCUAGAUUGCUGUCCAGUAUACCAAUGCCAUACCAUAGAUAUGAACUAAGAGUCUCCUCAUCAGCAUUUCAAGAAGAUAUUAACACAGCAAUGGUAACUGUUAAAGAAAAUAACUUUAAGUCUUCUACUAGUGCAAUUCAGAUAGGAAUGAGGCUGGAGGCUGUGGAUCACAAGAAUCCUCAUCUAAUAUGUGUUGCUAGCAUUACUGACAUAAACCAAGAGAAUGGCCAGGUACUCAUUCACUUUGAUGGUUGGAGUGAUGGCUAUGACUACUGGGCUGACGUUGAUAGUGAAUAUCUUCACCCAGUAGGUUUUAUGGCAUGCAGGGGAGAUGAUCUCUCUCAAAAAAUACAUUUAAGACCUGAACUGCAACCACCUUCAAGAUAUCAAAAAGAAUUUAAAUGGCUAACUUAUUUAAAAGAAGUUGAUGCAGAACCAGUACCCUAUGAAUGUUUUACUGAGCAACAAAUUGACAGUACACCUCCAGAUCUUAUCAAUCAAAUACAAAGUGAAAUUGGUUUCAACAGCUUUUUCAUGUCCAAAAACUCAGUGAACCAAGCUUGCCCAUACAACCCCAUGACUUCCCAAUCUUUAGAAAAUCAGUCUAAACUCCACGCAUCCAAAUUGGAAGAAAAAAUACAGGCGGGUGAGAUGGAUCAAAUUUUAGAGACUCAGAAAGAUUUUUUCUGUUUUUUGCCUGUGUCACUUUCCUUGCAAUCUUUAAGGUUUCCAGAACUAUCAAACGUGUUCUCUAACAAGGAACAGAAACUUCACUUCUUAUGUCCUGGACAAAAUCUUGAUGUUCAUUUAGUCAAUCAUCCUGGACUACAACUUGCAACUGAACAAUAUGGUCAUCUGAAAAAUUGGUCCAACUCAUUAAAGAUGUCAAUUGGUUUAAUGUUGUUACAGAAGUGUAUUUUACCAAGUGAUACAUCCUCAAUAAUAGUAGAAACUAAAAUAUUACCAAUGAACAAGAGAUCUCAACUGGAAGUGGCUUUUAAACGUCUAUUGAGACUCUAUCUCAUGCACUGCCUCUUUUUUAGAGUAACAGAGGAUCUAUCAGCUGAACAAUUAAGUUCUAUUCAGAAAAUUUUGGAGACUGCAGAAAAAUCUGAUGAGAAAGGAUUUUCCAAAAUAUUUAGCAAAGCUCAUACUCAAGGGAGUUUACUCUGCAAUGCGCAUAAGUUAGCUAGCUCUCCAUCAUCAGGAAUUUUUUCUUUCCCAUUACAUACUUUUCAGAAUGUGGGUUCCAACAUUUCAAUCAUACAUCUUGAGAACAAUCCGUUAGAAACUCUUCCAGAAGAGUUUUUUUCUAUUUUUCCAAACUUGACUCAGCUCUGGCUGGAUGGCUGCAAACUCAGUGAAUUGCCUUCAUUUAAAGAAAACAAAAGCUUAGAAGAACUUCAUAUAAAGGGAAACUGUUUGUUAAGUUUGCCAGAUAAUACAUCCCACUGCACUUCUCUGAAGAUUUUAGAUGUCUCCAACAAUCCACUUGAAAUACUGCCACAAGUCGUGUCUGCUCUUGUAUCUCUCACUGAGCUCUAUGCCGACAACAUUGGCACUGUUGACCUAGAAAUUAUUUCCCCUUUGAAACAUUUAAGAAAAUUGUCUUUAGCUUAUAACUAUAUAGAUUUCAUUCCAGAUGCCUUUUCAUUGCUUCCCCUGACAUACUUAGACAUGUCUGGCUUGCCUUUCAUAGAGAAAAGGAUGUCACUUGCUGCUCCUUUACUCAAUUCAUUUCUAGACAAGUACACAGUUUAUCAUAGACUAACAGCUAAGGAAAGAACAGAAAUGAUUGAGAAGAUUGAAAACACAAGUGAAAAACUGAGCAAUGCUGCCAAAGUGACAGAGAUGAAUAAAAUUCUUUUCCAAAAAUAUCCACGACUGGGGAAAAUGAGUGAACAGCAAGAUCUGAGUAUACCUGAUUCCAUUUUGAAAAUAACAACACUAGAAACUUUGAUAUUACCAUUCCAUGCCUUUGUGUCUGUGCCAGACAGCAUUAGUAAUAUGACUUCUCUGGAAACAUUAAUUGUUGAAAGCAAUCCAAAUCUUGAAUCUGUCAGUCCUGAAAUUGCCAAGUUGCCCAUAAAAAAGCUGCACCUCAGAGAGUGCAUACAUCUAAAAACACCCCCAAAAGAAGUUGUUCGCAGAGGAUUCUCUGCUGUGUUUGGAUACCUGAAGCGUCUUCUACAAGGCUAUGUAUCAUGUAAGAGAACCAAGCUUAUGACAGUUGGGCUAGGUGGAGCAGGGAAAACAAGCCUUGUGAGAGCUCUGACUAACAUACAACAUACUUUCAAUUUUGAUUAUGCAGAGAGAAUCACAGAUGGUAUUGACAUCACAGAAUGGCUAGUGGAUGUCAGUAACAUAGCUAUAGAGAAUGAAGUUGAGAACACUCAGCCUUUACAUUUUAGUGUGUGGGACUUUGCUGGUCAGACAGUCUACUAUAACACUCAUCAAUUUUUCUUAUCAAAUCGAGCUGUCUAUUUACUGCUAUGGAACAUAAGACUUGGAUUUGAGCAUGCUGGACUGGAUUUUUGGUUGAGUUCUAUUGCCUGCCAUGCACCAAAAGCACCAAUUUUAGUAGUUGGCACUCACUGUGAUAAAGUGAAAAAAGGGAAGCUACCUAUUGAAGAGCUCAGACGCAGAUUUCCACAGAUUGUUGGUUUUCAUUUUGUCAGCUCAUAUUCUGGAGAGGGUAUCAGUGAGCUUCAAGACAACAUCAUUAAAUCUGCUCUAGCACAGACCUAUAUGGGUGAGAAAAUUCCAGAAGCUUGGCUUACUCUGGAGAGACAGAUUGACAAAUUGCGAGAGAACAAAGCCCUUUUAAAAUUCCAUGAAGUUGAAGAUGUUGGAAAUACUGUUGGGAUAUUGGACAAUGUUGAGCUUGUUCAGGCAGUCCAAUUUCUCCAUGAUUUAGGAUCUGUACAAUUCUUCAACACUCCCUUUCUUAAGUCCCAUGUUGUUAUUGUUUCACAGUGGAUUGUGGAUGUCAUGGCUUGUAUUGUCACAGUUCAUGAAGGACCAAUUAAAGAAGGAAAAUUUUAUUAUACUGAUAUGCCAACUGUAUGGGCCAGAUAUCCAGAAGAGCUUCACCCUUGGCUGUUGAGACUAACUGAAGAAUUUGAUUUGACAUUUCCACUCUCUAAUGAAGAAGCAAACAUUGUUCCUUGCUUAUUACCAAAUGCAGAACCUCAGUAUGAUUUCGCUCCUGUUAACAAAGAUAACAAUGAAAGAGAGACAAAGAUGAUUUACAAUUUUGACUAUUUACCAGCUGGCUUGUUUAACAGAGUUCAGGUUCGUUUACACCAGUUCAGUGAUAGUUCAGUCAUGUGGAAAACUGGAUUCAUGCUCAAGAAAAAUAACCACAGAGCUCUAUUACAUCAGACAAGCAACACCCAAGUGUUAGUCAUUGCCAGAGGCUGCAGGCCUGAAAAUACUUUGUUUCUGGUCCAUGAAGUUUUUGAGUGUCUUAUCACAGACUCUUACAGUGGUGUUUCCUAUGACUUCUCCAUUCCUUGUGCUGAAUGCUUAGAGGAGAUUGAUCCUUGCAUGUUUCCUGCCUCCAAGAUUAAGAGAGCAUUUGAGCUUAAAGUCCCAUUUCUGCAGUGUGACAAAAACUUCCAUAUUAUUUCAAUCCCUGAAAUAAUGUCUACACUACCACCAGAUCCCAAUGCAGACUUUGACGAUCACUUAGGUCGAAGCAUCAGAGAGCUGCAGGAACUGGAUGAAACAGUAGCUGUCAGAGUGUUUUUUAUUUACUCGAAACGCAACAUUCCUGAUCUGGCAUUGGCGGAUAAAGUUACCAGUCCCACGCGAAUACUUGAGGACAUGCGUGCUGCUGGAUACAAUGUCUCUUACUGUGAUGAUGUAGAAAAAUCUAACAUGGAGUCCUUGACUUUGGCCAUUAAGUCUGCUCAGGUUGUUGUGGUAGGUAUAUCUGAUGAGUUUAUUGAAUCAGCCAAGUGCAGGGACCUCAUCAUCUACAUCAAACAAACGCUUCACAAAACUAUGAUACUGGCAGCCAUUGGCACAACGUUGGCUUGGCAAAAAACAGAUAUAAAUUUGAUUUUAGCUGAUGAGGUGUUUAUUAAAAUGACUCAAGUAGAAAGAUAUGACAGUAAAAUACAAGAACUAGUGGAAGCUGUGAAAUCCAGGAGACACAAGAAGAAACAGGUAACUUACCCUGAAUGUUUCAUCAGCUACUGCUGGGCUAAUUCUAAAAUGGCUGUUGACCUAGGCUCAGCUACUAAAGAGGGUGCUCUUGGAUGGGGAGAUCCUCGCAAGAUAAAGGAGUUUCUGCAGUCAAAGGGUGUCAGCUGUUGGCUUGAUAUUGAACAGAUGGGACAGGAAGGAUUUUUUGAAGAUAUAGCAGAUGGCUUAAGGAAAGCAAAAGUCAUGGUGGCUUGUGUAUCAGAUGAAUAUGCAGCAUCUAAGAACUGUAAAAUGGAAUUUCGUUUUGCUGUAUCCACUUUAAAAAUACCAUCCAUUCUGGCAGUUGUUGGAACUGGCUACAGCUGGGAGAGAAGUGAGAUUGGCUUGCUUACUGUUGGUCACAGCCAGUAUUGCCCUAAAAUAAAUUUGCAGUAUGAUAAUCCUACUGGACUUCUAGAGCUAUAUGCAGAAGUACAAAAAUAUCUUCCACAAAGCUCUACAACUACGAUAACAGAUUCUGACAGAAGUCACUCUCCACAUAAUGCUAUUGCUUUCCAGGAAGUUCUAGAACUCACUCAAAGAAAACUUCUGCGUCAAAUCUCUCUUUACUCUAGCACUAUGGAUAUGGAAAUAUAUCCUAGAAUCAUUGUUAUUGAUUUGAAAAAUAAAGAUGAAGAAACAAAAUCUGAUGUUACACAAAACAUUUCGUCUCCUGAGAGUCCAGCUGACCACACAUGCUCUCCUCCUGAGGUUGAGCCCAAAAAGGAAUCAGGAGUAGAAUUGCAAGAAACAAAUGCAUCUAUUGAUGAUGAAAGCAGAAAAAGCAAGUACUGUUUUAAAGUUUUAUGUGAGCAUGAGAUGGGCUGGCAUGAGAUGUCAACUGAGAUCAAGUUUCCAGAGAAGGAAGGCUUAGAUCUGGAGGAGUAUCUCAAAAGUGUGGCUCCAUACAUGGCUAGGAUAUUGGCUGUGUUAAAAUACUCCACAGUCAACUUGCCGAUCGUCACAACACCUCAAGGAGAACAUAUGCGUAAAAAAUUUGAAGAGUGGUCAACAAGAUCUACUUCAGAGUUUCAAUCAGAAUAUAGCAUCAUACUACAAAGUGUGAUUGAGGAAGAUGAACAGAGAACUUAUGGAGGCCUUAAAAGAUGCCAUAUGCCCAACGGGAAAAUCCUCUGGCUGUGCAGCAAACAUGAAAAGUCAUCUUUCACUCUGACGGAAGAAAAAUACAAACACCAUCUUACAGGAGACAAUGAUCGUGCCACUAAAUUCGAUGAUGAAAUGGAAGAUGAAGAGAGUGAAAGCAGACCAAACUCUGUGAUGAAGACAGAGACUGUUCCAAAACAGGAGAAUACUCAAGUCACCAAAAGUGUUGGUGAAACAAAGAGUCAGCUUGAAGUAACCCCUAAUGAAGAAAAAGAAGAAGAACAAAAAGCAGUUAAAGUUGUGUCCCCUGUUGGAGGUCAUGUGCUACCAAGGAGACCCAAACUUGUGAAGAGAAGUACAGGCAGUAAGAAAACAACUAGUCAAGCCUGUAGUUUAAUGUAACUUGAUGGACAUUUUAGAACAUGUUCUAUGUGUAGCCUGUUUUGUGUAACAUGCACAUUCAAGUGGACACUUAUAAUCAUGUUAUUCUUUUAAUGUAAUAAUAAUAACUAUAGUACUUCACUAUUCAUAACAUUGUUAUUGAAUCCACUGUGAGCUCAAAUUGUUGUUUAUGUUUGAAUAGCCUUGAAACUAUUAUUUUAAUUUAUUCUAACCUGCUACUAGCUCAUUACUUGAUAAACCUAUCUAACUUACAGUGUGGUGGUUGAGUGGUAAAGCACUUGGCUUCUGGACCAAGUGGUCUUGGGUUUGAAUUCCUUUGAAGACUGGGAUUUUGAAUUUCAUAAUUUUCAGUGAACACUGAAUCCACCCAACUCUAAUGGCUACCCCAAAUUAGUUGGGGAAUAGUAAAGGCAGUCAAUGUGCUAGCCACAUGACACCUUUGUUGGUCACAGAAUCUGAUGACCUCUACAUCAUCUGCCCAUAGAUUGUAAGAUCUGUAAGAGGUACUUUACAUUUUACUUUUUUUUUUUAUUUCUAAAAGAAUUUAGUUUUGAAUAGCUCAGUCAUUGUCUUAAAACUACAUCUAACUGAAUUAUUUUUUUAAAAUGAAACCUAUUACAAUCACAAACCCAUUAAGUGAAAUGUGUCUUUUUGUAGAAAACAAUAGUGAUUAUUAAUUUUUCUUUUGUGAUAAUUACAAUUAUUUCUGAAAUGUGAACACAGAAAUAAACACAUAUUAUUUUUUAAUGCAUUUCCUACUUAUCAUAUUGGUUCAUUUUUCUGAACAAAUGUUGAACAGUAACAUAUUGGUAUUAUUUAUCUAAUUUUUCUGAGCAAAUAUUAAACAGUAAUACUUGGCAGUACAUUUCCAUAUAACCUUCUCUUUAUUUGGCCAAUGCUUUUGAAUAAUAUAUCUUAGCCUCCUCAUACUAGUGUACAACUUGUAUGUAAUCAUUGGUUGUAAAAUGUUGCAAAGUACUUCAAACUUAUAAUGGCAUCUUUACUGCCAUCUGUUUCUUGAGUUUUUAUUUAAAUAUAUUCAACAAUGUUGUAUUCUCCUUUCUAAUAAGUAGUAAUUAGAAAGAAACAUGCUCCCUACUUGCAAGAAAUAACUUCCAUUAUAAACGUGCUAUAUUAAUGGUAGGCUGUGUCCUCAAUAGUAAAUAUGUUGUGUGCAUUGUUUUUCUGGGGCAUUUUACAUCUCAAGAGAUUAUCUUUUCCCUUUGCAACUUCUCAUGUGACUGAAAAGGUCAAUCCUUGAUAUGCAGACUAUUUCCUGCUUGUGUCAUCCAGUUUCAGGGUUUAUUUAUAGGAGUAUUAUUAAGAAUUUACUGAAUUCAGUAGUUGCUCAAUAAAUAGAAUGGUCAUAUUUUAGGAGGGUAAAUACAUUUCAUUCUUUGUGAUAUUAACAUGUUAUUAUUUUAUGUAAAAGUCAAGAAUGUUGAUCUGCCAUAUUGUUUUUUUUUUGUUUUUCUAUGCAAUCUUGGUUCACAUUUUGUUUUGUUGAAGUGUUAAAAGAACUAGUUGACAAAAUAUUUGUUUUUAAUUUACUUCUUGUGUUUUAUUUUUAUAUAUAUUUAAUUUUUUUUACAAUUUCUCUUUUGUUAGUUAACUUUUUAAAAUUUUGUUGAUUACACAUUUUACAUUGUAUUUAUAUUUAUUCUAUACUACCUGUGAUAUUUUUUUGUAAUGUUUUUGGUAUAAUUUUUUUUUACAAUUUUGUUGAUAAACAGAAUGAUAUUUUUAUUGUUGUUGGUAUUCCACUUAAUGAUUACUUAAUUAAUAAAAGCAACUGUUGGUAUCAUAUUUUGGGGUUGUUUCAAUAUAUUUGACUAAUUUUCUUCAAAUUUGUUAAUAAAACAGAAAGAUAUUUUUUAAAUUGUUGUGGGUAUUCCACUUAAUCAUUAUUAAUAAAGCUGUUAUUGCUUUGGGAUUGAGUUGUUUCAAUAUAAUUGACUAUUUUUUUAAAACUAUAAAUGUUAUUGUCAAGUAAUGUACAUGAAAAUGUCUCAGGAGAAGUGUAAACAUUAAGUUUAUUUGUACAUUGGCUUCUAGAAGAAUCAAAAUUUUAUGCAUAAAAGUUUAAACAUGUGAAGGGAGAUAAUCAGUUUCCUGUACAGGAAGGUUGUAGAAUGUUUCUAUUUCUAAAUCAAGCUUGAGAACAAAGAAAAAGGGUAUACAAGCUGAUAGUGAGGUCCAUCAAUCAAUAAGCUUCAUUUUAUAUUCUUUUGUGAAUUUAAAAAAAACAACUUUUAAUCUUAAAUUAGAAUUCAUGAAAAGAUUGAACAUACACUAUUGACACACAAUAGAGCAAAUUCCUAUGGAGGACUUCUUUUUACACCUAAAUAUGUUGCCACAAAUGGAACAGCUAUCAAUAUCAAUUCCGCAGUUCAUAAGUCGUAUUAACCAUAUAGUUUCAUUGUUUUCUUACCUUUUGUUUAAUGACAUUGAAGCACAUUGCUAUUUAUAAUUCUUAUAUAUUUUUUUUUGUAUAACACUUUUAUAUUCUUUACAUUAUAUGUUGACUGGCUGUUAAACUUAGUUUCUAUGCUACUACUAAAAAUUUGUUAGUAAGUAUCACUUUUGUUUUGUUCUGAUUGUUUAAGAUCAAUGGAAUCAUGUAGCAACUAAAUGAUUUAAAAAUAAGACAUUUGAGAUUCACCAUAUUAAAAUUAAGCAAUAAAUGUGUUACUCUGACAAUUUUUUUUCAGAAUUCUUAUUACUGAUAAUCAUCUUUAUGAUCUCUGUUUUGUAUUAUAAUGAGCACCUAAAAUAUUUAGUAGAUUAACAAAAGGUUAGAAAUUCAUUGUGUUUGACAUUUUUUUUUUAGUUUACUUUAGAUUUACAACCAUUAUUUCAUAAAAUAUAGUUGUUUACUUGAAAAACCCAGGCCAUUGCAUCUGUUUGUGAUUUACACCAUUAUUUCAUACAAUAUAGUUGUUUACUAGAAAAACCCAGGGCUUUGGAUCUAUUUGCUCCAACAAUAACAAUACCUCAUGUGUUUAUUUUUUCCUCUUGCAGUGUGAGCACAUUUAAAAAGUUGUAUUAAAGUAGAGUAUUUUAAAAUAUGGGUUGAUUUAUUUGAUGUUUUUAUGUUAUUUGUUUUAUGUUUUCUUAUGAAGGAGAUAGAAAUGUGAGAGGCUCAACAAAUGGUCUGAAGGCUAUUGUUAGGACAUGAGACUCAUAAAUACUACAUAGAAUUUUAAAGUAAUUAAACAACUAUUGAUUUGUCUUGAACUACUUGAAAGGUAUUGAACUAAAACAAAUAAAACGCCAAUGUUCACAAUA